AUGGAUAGCUCAGUUGCUCCGGUCACCAUCGACAAUGACCAUCGAAAGCCCUUCAAAGGAGGAUGGAACGCCGCCGUUUUCGUCAUCUUUGUGGAGAUGGCCGAGCGAUUUGCUUUCUAUGGUUUGGCUGGAAACCUGAUCACAUAUCUCACCAACAUUCUCGGCGAACCGGUGGCCACCGCAGCCAAGAACGUGAACACGUGGGUCGGCGUCUCCGCCAUCUUCCCUUUGCUGGGAGCGUUCGUCGCCGAUUCGUUCCUUGGCCGCUUCAAGACCAUCCUGGCAUCCUCUUUGAUCUACUUCUUGGGAUUGGUGUUGUUGAGUUUAUCAGUGUCCGUAGUCCCUAUGCAUUCUCGCAAAGCAGUGUUUUUCACUGCGCUCUACGUAUUAGCCAUAGGAGAAGGAGGCCAUAUGCCAUGCGUUCAGACCUUCGCAGCUGAUCAAUUCGAUGAGAAUAAUCCCCAAGAAAGAGCUGCCAAAAGCUCAUUCUUCAACUGGUGGUACCUUUCGAUCGUUACAGGAGCCUCUGUCGCCAUUGUUGUCGUCAUUUAUCUCCAGGAUAAUGUUAGUUGGGCAGCAGGAUUUGGGGUGUUAGCAGGGACAUUGGCGCUGGCCUUGGUAGUGUUUUUAAUCGGAAUCAAGAGGUACCGAAAGCAGCGGCCGACGGGGAGUCCCUUCACCACGAUGGCUCAGGUCUUGGUCGCUGCCGCAAAGAAGUGGCGCGUGAAUGAAACCCUCGGUGGCAGGGGGAUAUGUUAUGAUGAUGAUAGAGUAAGUGGGAGCAACACCAAUUGUCAAACCAGGAGCCACAAUUUAGCCCGUACCGAACAGUUAAGAUUUUUGGACAAGGCAAUGAUCAUUGACAACAAAGACGCCUUGAGGAAAACCAAGGAUCCAUGGCGGCUUUGUUCAUUGAACCAAGUUGAAAAAGUUAAGCUUGUACUUCGCCUCAUCCCUAUAUGGCUUGCAUGCUUGAUGUUCAGUGCCGUCAUAGCUCAAAUGCACACAUUUUUCACCAAGCAAGGUACCACCAUGUCGCGAUCGAUAGGUCCCGAUUUCCAAGUUCCUCCCGCAGCACUCCAAAGUCUCGUUGGCCUCACAAUCCUCAUUGUCGUCCCGGUUUAUGAUAGGGUUUUCAUUCCCAUCGCUCGAAAAGUAACCGGACAUCCCCGCGGAAUUACAAUGCUACAAAGAAUCGGUACCGGUCUAUUCGUUUCCAUAUUGAACAUGUUUGUUGCAGGCCUAGUAGAGACGGCUAGGGUGAACACCGCAAGCAAACACGGCCUACUCGACACCCCGAAAGCCAUAGUCCCGAUGAGCGUAUGGUGGUUGGUUCCACAAUACGUACUCACAGGAAUUGGAGACGCCUUCACGGUCGUCGGAUUACAAGAGCUGUUCUACGAUCAAAUGCCGGAAGAAAUGAGAAGCAUCGGGGCAGCAGCAUAUAUAAGUGUAGUGGGAAUUGGGAGCUUCGUAAACACAGCUAUAAUCUCAGUUGUGCAAGCCAUCACUUCAAAGCAUGGGCAUGCAUGGCUGGGAAAUAAUCUCAACCGUUCAAAUCUGAAUUACUUUUAUUGGGUAUUGGCAGGGUUGAGUGGGGUUAAUUUGUGUGUUUAUAUGUGGAUUACUAAGAGUUUUGUGUAUAAAAAAGUUGAAAACAACGAUCAACCAAUUAGUACAGGAGGGUAUUCGGAGGAAAAAGUAUGAAAUAUGGGGCUAUUUGGAUGUCAAUAUCCA